AAUUUCCCGGUGGGCGCGGCGGGCGUAGAGGCCACCUCGGAGCGCGGGGCGCACGGGGCGGAUCGCGGGGCGCUGCCCGCCAUGGGCCCGGGGCCGCCGCUGCCGGCCGGCACGGGGGGCACUCCGAGGCCGCUGACUCUGGCCGCCCGGCUCAGCUACGCCGUGGGUCACUUCCUGAACGACCUGUGCGCGUCCAUGUGGUUCACCUACCUGCUGCUCUACCUGCACUCCGUGCGCGCCUACAGCUCGCGCGGCGCCGGCCUCCUGCUGCUGCUGGGCCAGGUGGCCGACGGGCUGUGCACGCCGCUCGUGGGCUACGAGGCCGACCGCGCCGCCGGACGCUGCGUCCGCUACGGCCCGCGCAAGGCCUGGCAUCUGGUCGGCACCAUCUGCGUCCUCCUCUCCUUCCCCUUCAUUUUCAGCCCCUGCCUGGGCUGCGGGACGGCCACGCCCGAGUGGGCGGCCCUACUCUACUAUGGCCCCUUCAUUGUGGUCUUCCAAUUCGGCUGGGCCGCCACGCAGAUCGCCCACCUCAGCCUCAUCCCCGAGCUAGUCACAAGUGACCACGAGAAGGUGGAGCUGACGGCCCUCAGAUACGCCUUCACCGUGGUGGCCAAUAUCGCCGUGUUUGGGGCCGCCUGGCUCCUGCUGCACCUGCAGGGCAAGGGCCCAGGGCCCACGCCGGACGUGGGUGUGGGCGACCAGCUGGGCCCGCAGGACGUGCCCGUGUUCCGGAACCUGUCCCUGCUGGUGGUGGGCGUGGGCGCCGUCUUUUCCCUGCUGUUUCACCUGGGCACCCGUGAGCGCCGUGGGCUCAGCGUGCAGGCGCCGGAUGAGCAGAGUCCCCUGCUGGCCCCACAGGCCCGGCCCUCACUGCUGCUCUGGAAGCACUGGCUGCGGGAGCCGGCCUUCUACCAGGUGGGCGUGCUGUACAUGAGCACCAGACUCAUCGUGAACCUGUCCCAGGCCUACAUGGCCAUGUACCUCACCUACUCUCUCCACCUGCCCAAGAGGUUCAUCGCCACCAUCCCCCUUAUCAUGUACCUCAGCGGCUUCUUCGCGUCCUUCCUCAUGAAGCCGGUCAACAGGUGCCUCGGCCGGAACCUCACCUACUUCUCAGGCCUGCUGGUGGUCCUGGCGUUCGCGGCCUGGGCGGCCCUGGUGGGCGCCAUGGGCGCGGCCGUGUACGCGGGGGCCGUGCUGCUGGGCGCCGGCUGCGCCACCAUCCUCGUCACCUCGCUGGCCAUGACGGCGGACCUCAUCGGGCCGCACACGCGCAGCGGAGCCUUUGUGUAUGGCGCUAUGAGCUUCUCGGACAAGGUGGCCAACGGGCUGGCGGUCAUGGCCGUCCAGAGCCUGCACCCCUGUCCCUCUGAGCUGUGCUGUAAGGCCUGUGUGGGCUUCUACCACUGGGUGAUGGUGGCCGUGACCGGCGGCGUGGGUGUCGUGGCCGCCCUGGCCCUGUGCAGCCUGAUGCUGUGGCCCAUCCAUCUGCGACACCGGGACCUGGAGGAGCGACCCUGAGCCCUCGCUGCCAUGGCUGUGAGGCCCCAGAGCUGUGUUCCCGUGCCCACGCUGGCACAGG